CGGAUGGUCGGUGGUUGUCUAUUGGUGUCACUCUGGCUCUGAGCUCUGUGAUUGGCGGGUUAUAGGGCGGGACGAGUUGCUUGUAGGCGGGGCGUCUCUCUCCGUUACCCAGCGGUGCUUUGCGCUAGGCCCCUGGCUAGGCCGCGCUGCUGGCGGGAUGGCGGUGGCGGUGCGCGCGCUGCAGGAGCAGCUGGAAAAGGCCAAGGAGAGCCUCAAGCACGUGGAUGAGAAUAUCCGCAAACUCACGGGCCGGGACCCCAACGAUGUGAGGCCCGCUCAAGGUAGAUUAUUGACCAUCACAGGCCCUGGUGGAGGUAGAGGGCGUGGUAGCAUAUUGCUAAGGCGUGGAUUCUCGGAUAGUGGAGGACCCCCAGCCAAACAGAGGGAUCUUGAAGGGGCAACCAGUAGGCUGGGUGGGGAACGUCGGACAAGGAGAGAAUCACGCCAUGAAAGCGACGCUGAGGAUGAAGAUGUUAAAAAGCCGGCGUUGCAAUCUUCUGUUGUUGCUACCUCCAAAGAGCGAACACGUCGAGACCUAAUUCAGGAUCAAACUAUGGAUGAGAAGGGAAAACAAAGGAAUCGACGUAUAUUUGGCUUGUUGAUGGGCACUCUUCAGAAAUUUAAACAAGAGUCCACAGUUGCUACUGAAAGGCAAAAGAGACGUCAAGAAAUUGAACAAAAGCUUGAAGUGCAGGCAGAGGAGGAGAGAAAGCAGGUUGAAAAUGAGAGGCGAGAAUUGUUUGAAGAAAGGCGUGCUAAACAGACAGAACUGCGUCUAUUGGAACAAAAGGUUGAACUUGCUCAACUGCAAGAAGAAUGGAAUGAACAUAAUGCCAAGAUAAUUAAAUAUAUAAGAACCAGGACAAGGCCCCAUCUCUUCUACAUACCAGGCAGGAUGUGUCCCGCUACGCAAAAGCUAAUAGAUGAUUCGCAAAAAAAAAUGAACGCAAUAUUUGAAAAUAGACGCAAUGAGUUUGCAGAACAAAUUAACAAAAUGGAGGCCAGGCCCAGAAGACAGUCUGUAAAGGAAAAAGAACAGCAGGAGGUGCACAAUGAAGAAAAGAGAGAAGAACAGAACAAGGAGCAGGAAGAGGGUAAGGUGGCUCAGCAGGUGGAAGAGAUGGAGACAGGUAACCAGAACAAUGAUGUAGAAAUGGAGGAGGUAGGGGAGGAAAAGGUGAAAAUAGGGGCAGGUCAUAGUGAUGCAGAGAAAGAACAGGAGGAGGAGGAGCAGAAACAUGAAAUGGAGGAUAAGGCAGAAGAGAGGGCUGAGGUGAAGGAGAAUGACAGGCAGCAGGAUAGUCAGCAUGAAGAGGUCAUGGUUGUAAGAGAGGAAGGUGAGAGUUCUCAGCCAGUGGAUAACGAGCAGGAUAUAGUGGAGAUGAAUGAGGCUGAUAGUGUAGAACCGUUAGAAAGUGAAAAUAGCAAGGAAGUGGAACCAGAAGCUGAGUGUGAUGCUCAGCCAGCAAAAGAGCUUAACACUGAUUCUCCUGAAAAGGAGAGAGCUAACAAACCAGAAAUUGAAGCUGAACCUGAAGAGAAACAGGAAAAGGAGCCUGAAGCCCAGCCAGAGCCUGAGGCAGAGAUACAGCCCCAGCCAGAGUCUGUGCCACUGCCACAGCCUCCACCAUUGUCUCGGUCCAUUCAAGAUCAAGAGCCUCAGGCAGACCAGGAGGAAGUUGCUGUGGUGUCUGUAAAGCUGGGUGAGUUGCAGUCAGAUCAGAUCCAGGCAACAAGUGUAGAAAUUAAGAGUAAAACUAGGAGUAGAAGCAGGGGUAGGACAAGGAACAAGACUAGCAAGAGUCGGAGUCAUAGCAGCAGCACUAGUACUAGUAGUAGUAGCUCAACCAGCAGUAGUAGUGGCAGCAGUUCCAGCAGUGGCAGCAGCAGUAGUCGGAGUAGUUCCAGCAGCAGCAGUAGCACUAGUGGAAGUAGUAGCAGAGACAGUAGCAGCAGUAGCUCUAGCAGCAGUGAGAGCAGAAGUCGAAGCAGAGGACGAGGUCAUAAUAGGGAUAGAAAGCGCAGGAGGAGCUUGGAUAGGAAGCGAAGGGAUGCUUCAGGACUAGACAGAAGUCACAAGUCUUCAAAAGGUAGUAGCAGAGAUACAAAAGGAUCAAAGGAUAAAAGUUCAAGGUCUGACAGAAAGAGGUCUGUGUCAGAAAAUAGUCGGUCAGGCAAAAGAACUUCACGGAGUGAAAGAGACCGUAAAUCAGACAGGAAAGACAAAAGGCGUUAACAGAAGAGACUAAACUUCCUUAGCCUAAUCUUUGCAGCAGAAGAUUACUUGAUGAGUAAAAGGAUUCCUUAUGAGGAGGAGAAGGCUGCCUUAACAAAUGCAUGCUGUAAAAAGUCUUUUGGAAAAAUGCAGACCGUUUACCAGGCAUCUUGUACUUUUUACAUAAUUUUGUAAAAGGUUACUUAUCAAAAUUAUGUGAAGUUCCAGAAAACUGUAAAAAUAAAAGAAUUAACCCCCCUUUGCAUCUUUUUUAAAUAUCCUGUACUCAUUAAGAAUCUCUGUAUAUUUUAAUAGGUAAAUCUUUAAAUUGGUGUGAUCACUUCUUCUUCUGUAUCAUACAUUUUUUUGUAGAAAUAAAUGUGCAUUUUAAAUAAAUGGUUUGAGAUGUCCUGUUGACACUUAACUUUCCCCUUUCAAUCUACAUAUUUUAGGAGCUUUUAUAACAUUGUUACCUAGCAUAAUUACCAUUCUAUCUUCUCUCCUCCAUCCCUGGUAAGAAUUGGAAUUUAGAGUCCCACUAAACACAGCCUCAACUUCCCAAAGCAGGAGAGAGAGGGGGAAGUGAACAAUCGUUUUCACUUCUUUACUUUCUUCCCCACCCUAACCAAUCUAGCUUGAUUUAUUUUCCUAUUUUACAAAUGUCUCUCCAACCCACAUAUGAGCAGUAGUUAAAUAAAAAUGCUAACAUAGACCAAGACAGAGUCAGAGAGUCUGGAAUGCUACUCUGUCCCCUGCAGGUGCUCAGGUUAUGUUUACAACUGUGUUCUGAAAACAAUGUUUAGUGAUGCUCUCUGCUGGCCAUUGGUGGAAAAGGUCAAGACUUCUGUUCAUUUUUAACUAGGAACUUGUAUUUGUUUGCCACUGAUUAAACUUUGAUCCCUAUGUGCCACUGUGACUAUUACGUUGGAGUUAUCUGGGACUAAUACCAAUGUUGUUGUGUUGAAGGAUACUUUUUUAAUGUAUUUGAUAGGGAAGUGUGUAAAUUCCAAAUAAAGCAGUAUGGUGUAUCAAGGUGACUUUGUUUUUAUAAAUUUGUAUGAAACAAUGACAUACCUGUUGGCCUGUUCUGUACAUGUGCAAAUAAAUGUGGCUAAUUAGACU